UCGACGCUUGAAACGCUUGUUGUGGAAAGAGAGGAUGCAACAAUACGGCUGGAAGAGGCUGCAGCGCGAGGGAGGAUUUGAAAUGGCAGCCCGAGCGGGGCACACUUUGACUGCAGUAGGGGGGGGUUACUUCCUCCUCUUCGGAGGAAUGACCGAGGACGAGACAACCAAUGAGACAUUUCUGCUCCGCGUCACUGGAAGUGAGCCAGCCAGCCAGCACACGAGAAGCUCGGAUGAUCCGGUGACAAUUUCUUUGUGCAUUCGGCAGACAAAUAUGCAUGGGGGCUGGUGCACAUCGACGACAAACCCUGCCCGAGAGGAUUCCACACUGCAAACACAUUCGUGUCUGGCGGGAGAGAGAAGAUCUUCUUUUUCGGCGGCUCGUGGGUUACGAAAGGCGGGACGAGGGAGAUGUUCAACGACGGGCACAUCUUCGACCUGACAGGUGUGGAGAUACACAACAGGCACACGCACAUCGAAUGCACAUCUCCCUCCCCCCUCCCCGCGCUACUCCCCCUUCCAGCUCAAACCCUCAAAUUUGAGCAGAUCGUAUGGAACUACGGUGGGAGUCAUCGACUUGCGAAACAAAGACUGACUUUCCGCUCUCCUGCAGAUCAGAGAGUGCCGGAGCCAAGAUGCAAGCAUACUGUCACACUCUGGUGCCCCUCCGACGCCUCAGCUGCGAAGCUCGUACUGUUUGGGGGUAGGCAGAGUUUCUCACGAAAGAGCCCCUUAUGCGUAUGUCUGACUGUGGACGCCUUAGGCAUGAAGUCAAUAAGUGAUGUGUGCAACGAAGAUGUGUUCAUGCUGGUGAAGGACAAGAGGCGAUGUCUUUUUGCAAAUGAAAUGCAAUGUCUUCAUGGCGUGACAGGACACAUCAAACUUUAUGUGGGAGAGACUAUCGUGCACUGGACGCCCCCCCAGCGCCCCUUUGCUCGAGUAAAGAACACACACACGCCUUCAGAGUCAUGCAAUGACAGGCGCAUCUUGCCUUUGGUGCCAUUCAGGGGAACACAUUUGGCGAUCAUCCACAAAGACACCUUCUUUGUCUACCACUGUACGUCCCAAGCACGCCUUGUCAUCAUCGUUUAUCACCGUCUGUUCAUGCUGGCAGCGGAUCGGACCGCCGACCUUUGUCGCAUGUUUGCUCUCAGUCUGCCACAGAGAACCUGGCAAGACUACUGCACAGUGCACAAGCAAGAUCAAUCUCUUAUCGUCUUGCUGUGGCUGUGUGUCUUGCAGGGCUGCGGUUGACGUCAGCUGGGGGGCAUCAUUGCCGCGAAGCAAUAUGUCUUUCAGCGUGAUUCCAAGCGCCAAGGGCCCAGUCAUCUUGGCAUUCGGAGGAGCGACAAGUAAAAGGGCAAAUACACACAGGGGAAACCCAUCUCAACUCCAUUCGCACUUCUCACUGUCUGUGAUUCAGCCCAAGGGAUCUCAACUAGUGUUCGAAUACUCGAAUUGCGUAACCAAAUUGAGUGCAGCCACGCGCCCACACCUUUUUCGAAUGUCAGCAACUAUCUGUUGUACGACAGACGAGGACCUGCUGAAAUGGCAGUAUACCUGGCAGGCAAGCAAGGACGCGCCACGCCGAUUGUAUGCUGGCCAUGCUGUCUUCCGAGAGCAAGAGAGAUUGGUUACAUACGGGGGCUGGUCAGCGUUUAUGGGAGAGGAAUGAGUGGUCUACCAUCUUGAACCAUAUGUCUCUGUCCUCUUUCAGCGGCGCUGAGGGGUUUGAGGAGGAAGUGUGGAUGUUUUGCCCAUCCCAGCACCCACUGCCAUCAACCCUCUGGCAGAGAAAAACCGCCUUUGAUGAGUACUACACGGAGCUGAGAGACCUACAGGUACGGAUAACUGGGCAGCCGAGGGCUUCCAUUUGGCCCCGUCUUCCUUUCUGCAGGCAGAGUUGACGUUGGCUGACUUCUUCAUGCAUAAAACACCGCCCGCCAGAGCAAGAUUAGAGCUGAGUAGGUAUCAGUCUCUCGUGGAUAAGUACGACAAGAGACUAGAGGUAUGAGAUCGCAGACGGAGAGACACACGCGCGCGAGGCCAAAUAUGUCUGCGUUGUCUUGCAGGAAUUGGCGUUCCUAUCGCGAGAGAGCUUGUACCAGGAGAUCGUAGAGUCGGGUCAAAGCAAGCUGCAGAUGGUACAUCCAAUCAUCCAUCUGCUACUCAGUCAGCUCACACAUGUCCCCUGUAUGUGUGCGUGACGAGCAGAUGCGCAGCGACCUGGAAGAGUUGACAAAGUUCUGGGAGCUGAUUGAGAUAGCAAACGAGCACUACCAGCAGUUUCUGACACAACGAUACGGUGCGCCAUUCCUAUUUCCUCAAGUGACGCCUCACGGGUGUGAAUGUGUGCAUGUGUGUCUGCAUCUUGCAGAUCGUCAAGUUGCUGCGAGGAUGUACAAUUUUACGAGGCAGAUGCAAGACAGUUUGGAGGCUUUGCGCAUGGAUUAUUGGAAUCCGCUUGUCCAUGACUUGGAAGAAAACGAGAAUUGGCUGUUUGUUUCUACAUUGAUGCACAAGAUGAACUGGUCCGAAUGGCGGUAUUUUCACAUGCAAAUGCCGACGAGCCAGCUGGUGGAACCAAUGAUGUCCGUACGAGAAAUCUUCAACAUGAAGCUGUGGCAGUGGAAAUACUCAGUAAGUCACAUAUUCAGCACUGACUUUGACUUUGUAUCUCAUGACUGUCUCAUAUAUGUCGUGCACAGAGAGCUAUCAGGCGGGCAAGUCUCGAUAUGAAGCGAUCGGGCCACGUCCCACUCAUCCGAGGCCCACAAUACCGAGCGGUAGAGACUCGAGGGCAAUGCAACGUGUCUGGUGUAUCGACACAUGAUGUCUCCUCACUUUUAGCAGCGCUACUUCACAGUGGCACACGUACAGCCGUCCAUACACGAUACGGUGCUCCUAGUAGGAGACGAGCGGGCUGCCCAUAAUUGAGAACUCUUGUCACAUUACAAGGCAAGAGAGAAAUCGAAAGAUAUUGCACGAUGUGUCUCUGUCGCCACAUCACCUCUGGUUCUUAUCACAGGUCUUAACAAUAAUAGACUGCACUAACAAACGGGUCGAGAACGCCUUCAAGCACGUCGCCGGUCUGAAGUACAUUGAUGUGGCUGGCGAAAGCGACGAGAAGGUAGGGUUGAGCACGACUUCCAGCGCAUGUGUGCAUUAGCUUGUGGUGUCAUUCAGCCAAUCAUUGAAGAAGCUCUUAUGGAUCAGAUAAUGCAUGAGAUCCAAAGAGCGGAGUCGGGUGGCUUGCGUGUUCUCAUUCAUGGAGAGCAGGGCUCGUACAGACACUGGCGCCUUACGUGUGGGGUGAUGAUGAGACGGUAGGCUCUCGCGAAUUUGUCAAUGCAGGUAAGAUACACGCUUUCUCGUCCCUUCGUGUAUCGAUCUCACUCAGUUAUGGCUGGAGCUUGGACCGGACACUGCAGUUCUUCGAGAAGGUCCCCCACGUGCAAAAGUUCGUAGAGAAAAGGAAAGACGAGCUAGAGGCAUACGAAAUGACGCUAAGUAAGAAAGGAAAGGAGGAGAGACACGGUAUCGCACCGUUGGUCUCUCUUUCUUCCCUCGGUCAGGCGCCAUAUCGCAUCCUGUACACGCAGAGACAUACGGUGUCAUGGCCAACGAUCCGGCGACUGGUACACGUAUCCAUAAAGUAUUCAUGAGUAUGUCAGACGCAUUCUCUUGCCUUUUGGUCUUUACAGCAUUCGGCCAGGAGAAUGUCCGCAAGGACGCGCAACGGCCGCACACGAGCCGUCCUGCCGGUAGAUGAUGCGCACUUACGCUUGCGUGCGUGUUCUUGACGUGUUCUGUUGUCCUGUGCCUUUCCCGGCAUGCAGCGAUACCAAGAUACAUGCAAAAAACAAAAUCCCAGAUGAUGCGCGAAAAGGAUGGUGAGCAGAGGCGAGAAGAGAUGCGACGGAGGAGAUCGAAGCCUGAUGCGAAGGAUGCAAAAGGCAAAAAGCGCAAGCUGCCAUUCAGAUGACGCUAUCCACGAGAAUGGAUACAGACAGAUUAUCUUCGUGUGUUGCUCAAACACUUACCUCUG